AUGCUCUUUGUGUUGCUGGUGGUGCCCACUAUCCCCCUCGAGCAAGGCUCCUUCCAGACUCCGCUCGCCUACGAGAAGCUAACCACUGGCCUUCGCGAUGCGGGUUAUGCGGUCGUUCACCCGUUACUGCCUACAUGCUCCGACCUAGAAACCUCAGCUUUCCCCUCACAUACACUCAGGAACGAUGCCGAAGUGGUCACUAGAGUUAUCCAGCAGCUGGUAGAAGAGGAAGGAAGAUACGUGGUCGUCGUGAUGCACUCCUACGGAGGGACUGUCGGCAGUGAAGCGAUCUCGGACCCCCUUACCGCUGCGGUGCGCCACGCGGACGGCCAGAAGGGCGGAGUGCUGCGUCUGUUCUACUAUGCUGCUUUUGCGCUGGCAGAGGGGCAGUCCGUGCUAGGCUCAUUCGGCGAGUCCCCGAACAAUGAUGUUCUGCCCGACGGUACCUUUCGCAUCAAGAACGGAGCCCAAACCCUCUACAGCGACCUUCCUCCACAAGAAGUGGCGGUCUGGGAUCAAGCCUCAUCCCGCAAUCGUAUGGGGUGCGGACGACGACCACCACCCGGGCGGCCUAUAAGUUAUAACUAUCUCCCGUCAACGUACCUUGUCUGCGACGCGGACCAGGCAGUGCCUCCCCAGUUCCAGGAGGGGUUCGCGGCCUUGGUUAAGGCGGUGGAAGUGGGUCACUGCGGCGCGAGCCAUUCGCCGAUGUUGAGCCAACCGGCGAUGUUGGUGGGGAAAAUCACGGCCGUCGUCGAUAAGGCCGCGGCUGCAGUGGGUCUUUUGUAG